CAUGGGAGUGUGCCUUUAGGGUAUCAAUUGAUCAGUGAAAAGCCUUCCCUCCCCUCCCCCUCCACUUCCUCAACGAAUACUCCUUACCAAAUCACCCUUUACCAAUAUUGUUUCCCCGACCAUAUUAUCCCCAGCGAACCGACCAAUACCCAAUCUAUGCAGCUCAAGCACCGGAAGAUCCUAACGAAAUGGCAAUUUUCUCACUACUACCGACCGGACCACUAGCUCUUGAUGAUCUCGAGGCAUUUUUUUCUUCCCUCCCGCCGUCGCCAGCCUGGGCACCGUUCUGGGAUAGUCUGUUCGACGGCUUAGGGACUUGCAUACUCGUGUGGACCCAGGUCUACUUCUUAGGCAUGUCGACUAAUAUCACUAUCCAACUUGCCGGCUUUAUUGCCAUCCACCUUGUUACAUUACCUAUUGUAGCUUGGCAUGCCUACUAUGGUGAUGGAUGGACUGAGGAAGCGGUGUAUCAGUGUCUGGGGAUUGUUCCUGUACUGGUUUUGGACAUGAUCACUAUUCAUAUGCUGUACCGUCGGCCGCGAGAGAGGUUGGGUAUGUGAUGUUAUAUAUUUAUUACAUUUUUCGUGCUUUCCCCUUCAAGGCCCUAUAUUUUGCGCAUAUGGCUAGUGACUGACGGAUUUGACUGAA